UUUGAUCUUGACCGUUGACCGAAGCACAUAGGAUGCCCAUUUUGCAUGGAUUGAUUAUAUUAUAUUAGUGAGUUGAUCUGUAAAGCAAAUCAAAACACGUGAAACGAUGGAGUGUUUUUGUAGUUUGAGCUAUUGAAUGUGUUUUUUUCUCACACCAAAAUAGACGAUACCGAGUUUCAAUAUUAUUGAAUAUGAUAAUUAAGAUAGAAUGCUAUUUAAGUAAAUUACGUAUAAAUAAGAUUAUUAUAAUGUGAUAAUUUAUUUAGGUUGUGUUUGAUUAUUGUGUUUGUGUGUGUGUGUAUAUAUAUAUAAAUAAAGAUAUUAAAGAAACAAGAUAAUUAUAUGGAAAAAAAUCACUUGAUGUUCCAAAAGAGAGCAGGCAAGGGGGCCUCUUCCUGGGAAGAGUAACUGCAGAGUUGCGGCUAAUGGAGUUUUGUCAAGCUCCACAGUCCAUUAUUCCUUCUUUAAAAUUGGAGAAAUGACGUCUGCCCAUCCAUUUUCAGUCAUUUCGUUCACCCACUGCUUCAAGCUCAAACGUUGUCACUCCACCAACAACACACUUCAUCACCAUCAUCCAAAUCUAAUCGCCACGAUGUCGUCAUCAGAUCCGGCACCAAAUCGCAACCGUUCAUUCGGAACUGAAUCCAAACUGAGCGGCAACGAUCAAACGGACGCUAAACCGCUUCUUUCUCGGUAUUCCAGUAGUAGCGGUAGUUUCAAACAAAUGCCGCGGCGACGAGUUCCCGGUAAGCCGGAUAUGCGGCGAUCUUAUAGUCGAGAUAUCGGUCACGCUGCCGCUGAGACUUACAUGAUCACUCGCCUCACCAUCACUCUUCUCCGAUACCUCGGGGUAGGCUACCGGUGGAUCACGAGAUUAGCAGCACUUGGUUUUUAUGCUGCUCUACUUAUGCCUGGCUUUCUUCAAGUUGCAUAUUAUUAUUUCUUCUCAAGUCAGGUUCGACGGAGUAUUGUUUAUGGUGAUCAACCAAGAAACAGGUUGGAUCUCUAUUUACCAAAAACAUUAGAUGGACCAAAGCCAGUUGUGGCAUUUGUCACAGGUGGUGCCUGGAUUAUUGGGUAUAAAGCAUGGGGAUGUCUACUAGGACAACAGUUGGCAGAAAGAGACAUCAUAGUGGCAUGUAUUGAUUACAGAAAUUUUCCCCAGGGAACCAUUGGUGAUAUGGUUGCAGAUGCAUCUCAGGGGAUCUCAUUUAUUUGUAACAACAUCUCUGAAUAUGGAGGUGACCCUAACAGGAUCUAUCUAAUGGGACAAUCCGCUGGUGCACACAUUUCUGCUUGUGCCCUCUUGGAACAAGCAAUAAGAGAAGCUAAGGGAGAGGAGGGGAUCUCCUGGAGUGUCUCUCAGAUAAAGGCAUAUUUUGGUUUAUCUGGAGGGUACAAUUUAUGCAAUUUAGUGGAUCAUUUCAACAACCGUGGCCUGUAUCGUGCUCUUUUUCUAAGCAUGAUGGAAGGUGAAGAAUCCUUGCAAUCUUUUUCUCCUGAACUUAGACUAGAAGACCCAAGCAUUGGAAAUGCUGUUUCUCUUCUGCCUCCUAUUAUUCUCUUUCAUGGAACAGCAGAUUAUUCAAUACCAUCAUCUGCCAGUAUAGAUUUUGCAGCUGCUCUUCAAAGGUUAGGAGCACAAGCUGAGCUAAUUUUGUUUGAUGGAAAAACCCAUACAGACUUGUUUCUUCAAGAUCCUCUAAGAGGCGGUAAGGAUGAAAUGUUCAGCCAUCUGGUCGCUGUGAUACAUGCUGGUGAUGAGGAAGCUCUAGCGAAGGAUGCUACGGCACCUCCGAGAAGGCGACUAGUUCCUGAGGUUCUGCUAAGGAUGGCCAGCCAUAUCAGCCCUUUCUAAGGUUUGAACACCAAUAGUUGUUUCUCAUAUCAGAAAAAGGCCAUUUCUGCCGUGCAUGCCUUACUAUUUGCACAUCUAUACAUAGCCACUGGGUAUAUUCAUUCUUCGGAGGGCCUCUCUGUAGUCAUUUAUAAUCGAUGGUUGUUAUUUAUUAUUUGUUUCUUAAAAACAAUUUAUUUAAUCUUGUAUGGCUCGUUGCACAAACUUGAAUCCUAAUUUGAACAGUAGAUGCACUAUCAUUCUGGCA